AUGAAUGUGAAAUUUUUCAGUAUGGAUAUAAUACAAGACAACACCGUGAAGCAAGCGUUCAAACCAAGUGUCAUGUUGAAUAAUGUGCUUCUCACACUCACCAUUUACGGAUACUGCGUGCUCGUUGGUAUCAUUGGACUCGCACCCAUGGUUUAUGGAUUGAUAACAUCCAAGCAAGUUCUCUCGUUCGGUUUUGAGGCAAUUCAUUCCGAUGCAUGGUCAGCGUACAUGGUCAAUGGUUUAUUCCAAGCCAACUGUGCUUAUUAUGUGGCAAUACUUACAACCGUCACCGAUGGGACAUUUAUCUCAUACAUUCUCACUGCCACUGGACAGAUCGAUGCUAUCAUAGGACUUCUGAAUGAACUGGACGGUAUGAUGAUGCUGAAGCCUGACGAGCAAGAAAUCGACAAUCAAUUGCAGAAAAUAAUCAAGUUUCAUCAACACCAUCAACUCUUCAUGAGACAAGUGGAAAAUGAACUAAAUUUAUACUUUUUGAUCUCAAUAGCAUCACUUUGUUUCAACAUGUCGAUUUCGUUGGCUGCUUUCGUAUUGAUUGAUUGGUACCUCGGCAUCGUGGUUUUCUGCUUUGCGUCAUCCCAGAUAUUCUACAUGUGUUUCCUUGGGACUUACUAUGAUACAAAGAGUGAGAUUCUCAUAACGGAAAUCGGACAACUCGAUUGGUACAAGCUGUCACUGAAGAAUCAAAAAUCAAUUAAAUUCCUUCUUACUGUAACUCAAACCCCGAUCACCUUGACGGCCAUUUUGGAAGAUCUGAAUGUAGCUGCGUAUUUGAAGAUACACAAAACUGUCUAUUCAGGAUUGAUGUUGUUGUUGCGCGUUAAGGAUUGA